AUGUCUGAACAAGGAGCUUCACCAAAUGAGCGGCUCUUAGCGGCUGCGAAGCAGGACAACGAGGAGAUGUUGCUUGAGGUGUUCGAGAAAGAGGGUACCUAUGACAUCAACGCUGUGGAUGGCCUUGGAAAUACUGCAUUACACUACGCUGUGCAGUACGCGUCGAUAGAUUGCCUGGAACAUAUAUUAGAACAGGACUUGUGCGAUGUCGACAUCCAAAAUCGGCUAGACAAGGCGACACCGCUUCACUUGGCUGUGGGGGUAGAGGAUGAGGAGAUGCGGCAUUAUGUCGUUGCCUCACUACUGGAUGCAGGCGCCGACCCGAAGGUUCGCAACAAGUUCGGGAACACACCGUUGGAUAUGGUGCGAGGAGACGAUGACCGUACGAGAGAAAUCUUCAAGAAGGCCGCAGCGACGGCAACCAUGAUUGCCGCAGGGGACAUUGUGGAUGAGGACGAUUUGGAAGAGGGCGACGAAGAUGAGGAGGAGGAAGACGACUAG